UUCAUUUAUAUUAGGAACCCUUUUCUUCUUGUUCGGUCACAUUCCUCCUACAAAAACCCUAAUCCCGCCUUCAUACCCCACUUCUCAAAACCCUAAUUACAUUCCCUGAUCCCUUCGAUGACAGAUAUGGCAACAGAGCGCGCGGCGUCGUAGCCAUUCCCUUGCGGAGCGAUAUAAAGAAAGGUUUCCGAACAACGCAGCGAUGGAGAGCGGAGCGAGUACCUCCGUCAACUGCUUUCCGGAGGAAGGCGCUGUUUCCAGCAAGGAGGAGAGGAAGAAGGGAAAAGGUGGGUCAAGAUCGGCCUGGAAGAAGCCGGCGUCGUCACCGACGUUGUCGCCGGUGGCUGGAGAGGCGAGGAAGUCGGAGUGUCAGCUUACUGUUGCGGAUGCUUGGCCGGCUCUCGGGGAUUCCAAACCUCAUGUAAACGUCGAAGCGGGUGGAGGGAUGGCUGCGCCACCUCAUGUUGGAGCCGCUAAUGCAGGACCGGUUCCGAGAAGUGGACCGCCUGGCGCCCCUCCUCUUAACUUGCAGGGAUCAGCUAGCCAGCGGAGGUCUGAAGGAUUCGGAAGUGGCAAUCCUUCAAAUAAACACCCACUUGUACAUCCUCAUAAAGCUGUCCCUAGGCGUAAUGGGCCUGCAGCUGGAGCUACUCCACUUUCUGGUCCUUUUCCAUUUCCCCAGCAGCUGGUACCCCCUGUAUCAUAUCCCAUCGUACCUCCACCAUCUCUCAUUGUGCCAGAAUAUACUUAUCAGGCUUUUCCUCCACCUUUUCCAAGUGAACAUCAAAUCGUAAAAUCUGGAGUUGAUGUUUCAGUACCACCCUUUGCUCGAAAUAGUCAAGUUGGUGGGAUUGAGAAUAAUAGAAAUUUUCAGCCGCUGUCACGAGGAGAUUUCAAUAUCUGGCGUCCCCAAAGUGCUAACAAUGUUUACCAUCCUAAUAAUAGUCAAGAGCCUGCCGUCCGUUUUAAUCAAGCAUGGCGCUCACAGCGACCUUUUAGUCCAAGAGACAACAUGAAUAUGCCCCAAGGCUUCGGACCAAGAACAUUUGUUAGGCCGGUUCCACCUUAUUUUGGUCCAUCAUCUGGUUUUAUUGGUGGGCCUGGUUACUAUGGUGCUCCUCCUCCUGUCUGUUUUUUCCCUGCUGGGCCUGUGGAUUUCAGCAGGGGUCCUCAUUUAAUUUCAAUAGUACCACCACCUCCACCACCACCUCCGGCUCCUCCUGUUACUUCUCUGUCAUCAGAGGAACAAACAUUAAGGACUAAUAUAUUAAAGCAAAUUGAAUAUUACUUCAGUGAUGAGAACUUAAAAGAUGAUAACUACCUUCUAUCUUUGCUGGAUGAGCAUGGAUGGGUAUCUAUUCGGAGAAUUGCAGAUUUCAAUAGGCUUAAGAAAAUGACUAGAAGCAUAUCCUUAAUAUUGGAUUCCCUACAAAGCUCUAAUUUUAUAGAAAUUCAGGGUGAGAAGAUUAGACGAAAUGACUGGUCAAAAUGGAUUCUUAGAUCCAAGUCACAAUCUGCUGAUGCCAAACUUGCGGCGAGCAUUGAUGACAAUAUGAAAAACAAUGAUCAUGAAGGAGAUGUGAUUAACGAGGGUACUUGCUCACAAGGAAAUUGUAAUGAGAAAAAUAACCGCUUGCUCUCAGAGAAUGACCAGUCUAAAGAAAAUGCUAAUAGCGGAAGCUUUGCAAGGGACAAUGUUGAAGUUCAGACUACCUGUGACCCUCUUCAGGGCAUUGAUACGACAGAAGAUGAAAUUGGUUUACGACAAACUCCUAGUCCUUCAAAUGGUGCUAGCUUUGAAUUUGAUGAUGAAAAGGAAGUAGCUGAAGAGCAUCACAUGUCAAAUCUGAAAAGCUCUUCAAUUAGUUUUGCCGAUUUAUCUUCCAGCUUUUCAGGUGAACUGAGCACUUUCUUGCUUGAUGAAGAGAUGGACCAGAAGGACCACCAUUCUUUACAGAAAAGGAUUGAUGAUGAGGAAGAUGGACCAGAGUUUAAUGAUCAAGAUGUGCAGAGGCUCAUUAUUGUCACCCAAGUUAAGGAUAUCAGGAUAGAUAACGAUGAAAUAUCUGGCUUGACGAAAACAGAUCCCAUAUCUAAUGAGCUAGCCACAACGAUAGAUGAUGGGCUCUAUUUUUUUGAGCAGGAGCUGCAGGGCACACGAUCUGCUGGUCCUAGUAAUAAUUUAAGUACCGAUAUUAUAGAAGGUGAUUCCAGAUGCUCUAACCAGGGGCAGACUUCUCAGAUUUCUAAACUCAAUGCAAAAAACUGUGGAUAUAAUGGCUUAGAAGAUGGAGGACACCUUAAUUCUCGAAGGCGGCAAAACAAAGGUGGUAACAAGUCACACCUAUCACAUAAGCAACGUCUAUUCCCAGGUAAUUAUAAAUUGUAUGGCAAUGGACGUAAUCGACACUAUAUUGUGUCGGAAAGCCCCCCAAGCAGUUCGAUUGGAUUCUUCUUUGGUUCAACACCACCUGAAAAUUCUGGCUUGCUGCAAUCAAAAUUAAUUGGCUCUCCCCAUGGAAACCCUGUUGGGAGUAGUAGCCCAUCUGUGGGAUCUACGCCAAAAGCUUUCCCCCAUUUUCCCCAUCCAAGUCAUCAAUUAUUGGAGGAGAAUGGGUUCAGACAACAAAAAUAUCAUAAAUUCCACAGACGUUGUCUUGGCGAACGAAAGAAGUUGGGGAUUGGCUGCAGCGAGGAAAUGAAUACACUCUACCGGUUUUGGUCUUAUUUCCUGAGAAACAUGUUUCACGAAAGUAUGUACAAUGAGUUUCGUAAGCUUGCACUAGAAGAUGCAGCUGCCAAUUAUUAUUAUGGUCUGGAAUGUCUUUUCAGAUUUUACAGUUAUGGGUUAGAGAAGGAGUUUCGUGAUGAUUUGUACGAUGACUUUGAGCGGCUUGCUCUGGAAUUCUACCACAAAGGCAAUCUUUAUGGCCUUGAAAAAUAUUGGGCCUUCCAUUUAUAUCGAGAUCAGAAUAAACCCAUAAAGAUGAAUGGUGAGUUGGAGAAGCUGCUCAGCGAAGAGUAUCGAACCCUCGAAGAUUUCAGGGCAAGCGGAGAUAAGGCGGAAAAGGUGGCGGCGUACAAAGAGGUCACCGCCACUGGUGGCGGCUGCCGCACCCUGCUCAGGCUUGCAGUUCCAGUGAGAACUGUAAGGAGCCUGAAUCAUGCUGAAGGGCAAAUUGAGUUUCUUAUAAAUGUCAGAUAUGUUAUUGCUCCAGAGAAGCAGUGGUGA